CGGCGCCGCCCCUUCCUCCGCCCGCGCCCCGGGGCCUGCGGACCGGCCCGGAGCUUCGGCGGCUGCUCGGAGCGGGGCGGGGGGGUAGCCCGCAGCCCCGGGAGCGCCCGAUCGGCCCCGGGGGGAGGGGGACGGCGCGGCGCGGCAGGGAGGAGCAGGAGGGGGAUGUGUCCGACCCCCGGCCGGGCCCGGCUCUGACCCUGACGCGCUCGGCUCGGGUUUCAGACCCUCCCCCAGACUAGGGCCCUCGGCGUUGGCGGGAUCCGGGUGCCCCCGGAGCCCCCACCAUGUCCAAGAUGCCGGCCAAGAAGAAGAGCUGCUUCCAGAUCACCAGUGUUACCACGGCGCAGGUGGCGAGCAGCAUCACCGAGGACACGGAGAGCCUGGACGACCCGGACGAGUCCCACACCGAGGACGUCUCGUCCGAGAUCUUCGACGUCUCCCGAGCCACGGAUUACGGCCCGGAGGAGGUGUGCGAGCGCAGCUCGUCGGAAGAGACCCUCAACAACGUGGGCGACGCCGAGACCCCCGGCACCGUGUCGCCCAACCUCCUUCUGGACGGGCAGUUGGCCGCGGCGGCGGCGGGGGGGGCCCCCUCCAACGGGGGCGGGGCUGUUAACCCCCGGAACGCAGCCGCCCCCCCGGCCCCCCAUGCGUCCGCCUCGGCCGCGGGGCUGGUCAGCGGGGCUGCGGCCCAGACAACCGCCACCUGUGGUUCCCGCUUUCGGGUCAUCAAGCUGGACCACGGCUCGGGGGAGCCGUACAGACGCGGGCGAUGGACGUGUAUGGAGUACUAUGACCGCGACUCGGACAGCGCCGUGCUCUCCAGGAGCGGGGACUGCAUUCGGCACAGCACCACCUUCGAGCCCAGCGCGGACAGGGACAGCGGCCUGGGCGCCACUGGCGGCUCCGUGGUGGUGGUCUCGGCCGUGCCGGCCACGCAGGGCUCCGACCCUGGCGGCGACGGCUCUUCCACCGCCGUGUCCGAGAAGGCGCACCCCCCGCCCGCGCCCCCGUCGCAGCAUUUCGUUGUGGGGCAGCAGCAGCCGCCGCCGCCCGUAGGUGGGGCUGUGCCCCCGAGCCCGGCCCAGCAGCUCUACUCCGGCCCGGCCGCCGUGGGGGCCCCGCAGCAGAGCCCGUCCCCUGGGACUGCUCCCGCCGCCGUGUCGGUGGGACACAACGGCAAAGGCCCGCAGCAGGUGCAGCCCGCCGGGGCGCCGGGGACCCCGCCUCAGCCGUUUGCCGCCUAUCCUCCGCCUCCCGUGGCCGCCGGGCAUCUGCUACCAGCCCAGCCUUCUGGCCAGACCGACUACAUGCAGCAGCACAUGGCGGCGAUUCAGUCCCAGGGAACUGUUCAGCCCGCUAGCACGGCCUCCGUGAGCGGCGCCGGGACGGCCAGUCUUCCUGGGGUCCAGGGCAGCGGCCAGAACCCCCCCUCGGCGGGAGCGCACUUGGUGGGAGGACCCACCCAGGCUGCAGAAGCCAGCGUCCCGGCUGCCGUCCCGCAGCCCGGGGCCGGGGCGCCCUCCAAAUCCGUGACUCAGCUUCCAGUGGGCGGCGGCAGCCAAGGGGCGGCGGUGCCUAGUGGCCAGGUCGCCAUGGUCCCUGGAGGGGCGAGCGUGCCCGCGGCCGUGCCGGGUCCCACCGUGCCUAGUGUGUCUACUACUUCUGUUACUAUGCCAAAUGUCCCUGUUACUCUAGUCCAGUCCCAGCUGAGCGGCGGCAGAAGUUCCAGCGGACUUCCCUUAAUGCCAGGCACGUCCAGUGUUCCAGCAAGUCUGCCACAGGCCAAUCUAAGCCAGUUUCAGACUCAGACACAACCUUUAGCCGGACAGGUUGAUGAGACUAGAAGGAAAUCAGAACCCCUACCUCAACCACCACUUUCUCUCAUUGCUGAAAAUAAACCUCUGGUGAAGCCUCCCAUUCAGGAUGCCCUUGCAAACCCCCUUUUGCCCGCAACGACUCCUAUGAACAGUCUGGCCAGCUCUGUCUUCGGAAUUUCCAUUCCUGUCGAUGGCGAUGAAGAUAGGAAUCCUUCAACUGCUUUCUACCAAGCGUUCCAUUUGAACAAGUUACAGGAAUCAAAGACCCUCUGGGAUAGUGCAUCUGGGGCAAGUGUUGUAGCCAUCGACAACAAAAUAGAGCAGGCUAUGGAUCUGGUGAAAAGCCAUUUGAUGUAUGCAGUAAGAGAAGAGGUGGAAGUUCUGAAGGAACAAAUAAAAGAAUUAGUCGAAAGAAACUCUUUACUUGAACGAGAGAAUGCACUGUUAAAAUCUCUUUCAAACAAUGAUCAAUUAUCCCAACUCUCAACCCAACAGGCCAAUCCUAGUAGCACUUCUCAACAGCAGACAGUGAUAGCACAGCCUCCGCAGCCAACGCAACCUCCUCAGCAGCCGAAUGUGUCCUCAGCGUAAAGCUUUCUUGCCUCAUUAAGACAAACCUGAAAGCAGUCUGUCCUCGUGUGCCACUGGUGUUCUCUCCACUUUAUAUGAAAGCAAGUAGCCACGUGUGUGUUUGGCCUUUUCAGUAUUAGACAAUCAUUCUCCAAGAGCUAGUCCUCACUUUGAGAUUUCAUGCCGCACAGUUGAUGUCCAGUUGUUUGCCAUCAGGACACAAGGAAAGUCAUAGAUGAGGGUUAUUAAAGCCAGGAAAGCCUGCCUGUGGCCUGGUGCGCAUGAGCGGGCGGGGUCUUUAAGAGCUUGGGUGGCAUUCAGUCUCCUAUUGUCCAUGGAUUACCUUGAGCCUUCCUAUCUUGUUAUGAGUAACCAUUCAUCUAAAGAGCCGCCAUUCUUUCAAUAGAAGUAACAUUUGCCUACAUUAGUUUUCAUUUCUUUAUGUUUUAUUUAUUACAGGGCUGCUAUUUUCAUAAUGUACAUGAACAAUGUCACAGAACUUUUUCUUAAUUUUUUUAAAAAAAUAAAUGUAAGUAUCAGUAAAGGAAUUGAUAGACGGGAUUGCAUUUACUAGAUAAAACGUUUAGGCAAUAAUUGAACAAACGAAUCCUGGCAUAUUUCUAACACUAAUGGCAAUUUACCUUUGGUAUUUAUUUUCAGUAGUAAAGACCCAGAUUGAAUGUAAAUUUUGUAUAGUGUAAGUAUGAAGACCAUAGUGCAUCUGUACAGGUAGUCACCAGUUAUUGUGAUAUAAUAAAUAAUUGAUGGGCUAUUUUGAUGAAGAAAACUUUGCUCAUUUCUGUUUCUACUUUCUAUAGAGAAAUUGCCAUGAUUCCUCUGCUUUUCAACAUUUCGUAUGACUUUUUUUUUUUUGGGUGGGAAUAAAAAGCUGUGAAAUUGUUCAACCUACUUUGUAACCAAAGAAGCAAAGCUGUGUAAUGGAGUUUUUUUUUUUACAAUGCACAUUCUUUAUGUAUUUUUAUUUAGUGUUUUCUCAUUCACAAUUUUCUUUGCUGUCUAGCAUGAUCUGCAUGACCUGUAAUCUUUGAACCACUUUCGUACCUCAUGUUUUUAUCCAGCACUCUUAUUGUAAUAUGUAUUAGUCUGUGAACAAUGUCAAAUAAAAAGAACGAACAGCUGGUGUGGGUGGAGCUGAGCUAGUGUACUAUGCACUAGGAGAAAAUGAAGUGAGCCAUCUUUUGUUCAUUUAAAAUGGUGUUUUGAAUUUCGUAUGCAGAAAACGUUUUGUUACAUUGCAGAUUUUAAUGUAUUUAAUAAAUGCAACAUGCAGAUUAAGUGCAGUGUAUACUGAGUAUUUAAAUUAAAAAUGUACAUUUCAUAAAAUACAGUUUCAAGAGAAAGCAUCAUUUUGUGUAUACUAACACAUUAAGUGUAUGUCAGAAAUCGAUGUAUAAAUAUAUAUAUAUUUUAACACUUUUUCUGAAAUUAAACUGCAGUUUUGUUGAAAUAUUUGACUCUACAUGUGUUCAAAGUUUAAUUGGACUUAACAUUUCACAAAAUUCAAACUCCUCCCUAAUGAGGCAAUAAAAAUGGAUAUAUUAGUUUAAAACCUUUUUAUGUAUAAAAUGACUCGCAGAUUGUUUCAAGGACUAUGAAAAAUUUUUAAUCUGCCUUUUAAUAUUUACUUUGCUCACACUUGAAUGGAAAAUCCUUGUCCAACUUGACUUCAAAUGACUACUUGAAUUCAGGCCACCCAUAGGAAUAAGAACAAUGGCUAUAUAGCAAUGUUGUGUGUAAUUAAUUAAUUUAGGAAAAAUUUUAUCCAUUGUCCUGGGAUGAGAUCAAUGAGACCUUCAUUAGGGUCAUAGAUGUAGGCAUUGGAAAAGCAUCCAGCUCAACCACUCCCUCUUACAUUUGAGGAAAGUGAGGCAUGGAGAGGUUAAGACCUGCCUGAGGUCAUACCAGGAGUAUAAUCUUCCCUUGAAAGUAUUGCAUUUAUGACCAUUUCUUCCCAGAGGUUGGUAUAAAACUAAAGGUCAUUCUUAGCCUUGUCCUAGGCUUAGGAAGAUUUGAGUACUAAGCCAGAGGUAAAUAGUCUUGAUUCUUGUUAUAGACAAGGAGGGAGAUUGUUUUUGUACUAUAUGAAAGACAGUCAUGCUUUUUUUAUUUAAUAAUUGGCGCUUUAAAGUUAGGAGCAAUUGUCUAUCUAGCACAGUCUCUUGCAGUAAUAAUUCUCUAUUUGUGGAUUUGUUAAGAGGGUUCCUAAAUAAUGAGAGAAAGGAGUAUUCUUUUGGAAGGAUUAAAGGAACAAAAUUGGUGGGGCCUGGCAAAGACCUCCUUGUGAGGAUGUGAACAGAGGUUAUCAGUGGAACCUAGUGAAAAGGUACCAGAUAGAAUUAUUACUUGUUCUACAGCCCUGGCACAUCACUGAAAAAUUUAGUUUAUAAUACUGUGUUCUUUGAGGAAAAGAGAAGAAAGCCAGUAGAUCUCACAGCAGUUGUCAACUUGUGGUUUUGGAAAAUGACUUUCACGUAGUGUAUAUGUGCUAGCUUAAUUAAUCUCUACAUUGCAGCACCCUGUAAAUUUUCAUGAGAAAUUACUAAGGAUCUUAAAAGUAAAAGCUGCUCAAAGAGAAUUAACUAAUACAAACAGGACCCAAACGCAGUCUGCUUGUUUCAGAAUGAGGAAAAGUCUGACAUUUGAGGUUUCACAGAGAAUCCUUCUGGAAUAAAAGUAAGGCUAAACAGAGUCCUGACUGCUGCUAGGUGAAAGUCCCCAGCACACUGCAACCCUGUUCCAGCAUAGACUUGGGAGAAUCUCUGUAGUCUCUAGGAAAUUAGAAAAUUUAGUUGAGUUUGCACUGUUAAAAAAGUUAAAAAAUGAAUAAUCCAACAGCAUUUUUAUGCAUGAAACAACACAGAAUUUCAGGUAUUCUGAACACUUCAUUCCAACUUUCAACAUUCAAGAAAACAUUUACUGAAUCUCCAAUUUAUAUGGCACUGUACUAGGUGUUGAGGAGACAAAGUCAAAAAUUCCUACCAUGAAGGAGGUUGCUCUAAUCCUGAACUAGAAUGGAAAAUGCUUGCCUUCUGUGAUUUGAGAUGAUUUCUGCUUGACUGUACAAAGUGUGCAUAUGGUCCUGUGCUCACUUCUCCCUCUGGAAAUGCUAACACUGUUCUAAUGAAAGGGAUCGAUUGUCCAGCUGAUCUACUUGGGACUGCACAGAACAGAACAUCCAAUGAGAAUGUGUCUUUAAAAAUGUUGUUUGUAUAUUAAAGAAAUGUUUAAAGUGC